AUGAUUUCAACAAUCGGCACAACAACAAUUCAAACAACAGCACCAAACUCGUUAGUCAUGAAUCCAACAUCUAUGUUAGUAGAGAUGAAAAGCUUCAUUCCUUCUUCAUAUACUUUUGAAACAGAAAUCCAAGAACUUUUAACAAGUAAUUUAGACUGUACCGCACAGGAUGAAGAAAAUGAAGAAUAUCUUUAUGAAAUGGAGGACCUCAUCGACCAUUUGCCUAAACUACCUGAAAUUCAGCAGCAAAAGCUCACUAUUCCUGAAUUCGACGAAAUUGAAGUCAAAGCAACUGACUCAGUAGAAAUAAAGAAGUUCAUACGAAAGGUAAACUAUGAGUUUCUAGGAUAUCAUUGCAACCAUAAAGUUAUGGACAAAGAUUGCGACAUGUUAUAUAAGAACAUCUCUGACCUUUACAAAUCCGAAGAAUUUAAGACAUACGACAACUUUGUUUCAUUAGCUGCAAAAUGUGUAUGGCAGAUAAGAGAUAAAGAUAGAAGAGGUAAGGUAUAG